AUGACUACCCUCCGGAUCAGUCAAUGUCUACAACUGUCCAUCCUUCAGCUGGACUUCGACGAUGUGAGAGCAACGGCAACUUGCAGGUUCUGGUUAUUGGAUUUGAUUGAAAUGGCCUUCAAGACGCUCGAGGGCAUGAAUGGCCAGCUACGGCAGGAGAUGGAGCGGAGACAGCUACACUCAAAUCCAGUCCUCGUACGUUCUGGUCGCUCAGGUUGA